GUGCAUGGAGACCCAUCUCGGUUGGGCGCGAAGCCUGGAGGCCGUUCUAUCCGAUCGAUCGGCACUCGACGCGUUUCAGGAAUGGCUUAUUGAGUACUCCUCGCCUCAGUACCUCGACUUGUUCUUCGCAAUCCGAGCAUACGAACGAAUGGCGUUGGAGGGAAAACCGGAGAAAUCCCAACUUUCCAAGUCAAUAUACUCGAAAUUUUUGUCCUCUCGGACCGGAAACUGCGAAGCAAUUCCCAAGCAUUUUAGGGCUCCGAUUGGUGAAAAACUACGUCAUGGCACCGAAUUAGAGGAUCGGGUAUUCAGUCAUUGUUCGAAUUUUGUUCAAGAAUUUUUAAGACGCCAACACGAGGAGUUUGUGGGCUCCGAAGAGUUUAUUGAGGCUUUUAAUAAGAUGUCAUCUACCACCGCCGACCAGCUCCCGGGAGGCUCCGCCCACCAUUCAUCACACCAAAACACCAUGAGAAGGUCGUCAGGCACUACCUCCCGUAAAAGUGCCGCACAAAUCGCCACCCAGCUCACAGCUGAGGCCCUCCUAAAAUCGAAACACGACAGGCACAGCAAACUUGGAGAAACAAAACUUGAGAAAAUGUACCCACCGACACGUCAACCAUACGUAUGCAACGCCACUACCUCACACAACGACUCGGCUGUCAGCUCGACGUUUUCUGGGGACACGCCCGAAGCCCAUAGGAUGCAUAGUAAUAGACUCCGCCAUAUCCGAGACGAACAAGCCCGCGAGAAUCACGGUACCAUGACACUGCCACGUGUCGAAAAAGCCAGCGUCGAUGGUCAGCAAUGGGAUCAUUCUUCUGAAUCAGGAAGAAGAAAUUUUGCAAUGGAAAUCACCAGAAAACUGCUUAGGCAUAUUGAUAAGGUUAAGCUAAAUGAUGAGAUGGAGAAGAGGAUUGACGAUAUCGAAGAGUGUCGGUAUACGACAAUCGACAUGGUAAACGGCACGGAGCCCAACGACGAUCUGGGGAAAAUCGAUGAGGACGAGGAGUUGGAUGAUUAUCUGAAAAUGAAAAUGACAGAUGAUUCCCAAAAAGGAUCAACAAAUCGAUCACCUAAAGGCCCAGCAGGAGAGCCCAACAAAUCUGGAGAAGGAUCGAAAAAUACCACCCUCUCCCCAACCAAUCGUGCUCCCGCUCAGCUCCACAACACAAUUCGGGUCCCGAGACGAAAAGAUUACCCCCGGGACACCUCGGCUUCUCUAAAAUCUCAUCGUCACCAUCAAAUCGACACAAAUCGAAUGAUGAGCCAAUCAAUGUGCGCUCCAUCGUACUCCUCAGCCAGCUCCUCCUACAGUAGGGACUCCUUCGCGCCGGCGCCCACUACCAGGGUGAAUUUUGCUCCGGGGAGCAGCAAAUCGAGUCAAUUCUAUGAUUCUUCGGGAAUUGGGUCUAUGGCACCGUCGGCGUUCUCCGCCACUUCGUCACUGGAUUAUAAGGAUCGGAGGCAGCACAGAAAGGCUCCAACGCCUAAGAAGCACUCGAAAAUUGGGAAAAAUUUGUCGAAUUUGAUAACUAUUAGCUAUUUAGGAACCGAUAAAAUCCCUGUGGUAACACAUGUCCCUAACGAUGGACCAAUGACGUUGGCGGAGUUCAAGAGGCACUUUGCUCUGCCAAAUGGAGCACAUCAACUAUUCUUCAAAACCGAAUGUGAGGAUGGCUCCGCCCCUUUUCAGCUUUUGCUCAUUAAAGAUGAGCAUCACCUUUUACCAGUCUUUGAGGGUCGAAUUGCCGCCGAGCUCCGAUAGUGGGAUUAUCGAUUUUUGAAAACGAUUUUUUUUUUCAUUUUUCUGAAUUUUAAUAUCAUACACACAACCUACAAAACAGAACACAGGUCCAUAAAUUUAUUUCGUGAUCUUAAAUUUUUUUUUUGAAUUUCAAGUUUUCAAAAAAAAAAUUUCAAAAAUUUUUUUAUUAAAUAAUAUAUGUAUAUUUCAAUAAAAGUGAACAAUGAGA